GUACAGAGAUCCCUGAAGGCUGGUUGGGUUGGUGAGGCCUGAGGAAUAGCUUCUGGAAUUUCUGAGAAGCCCUGCUCAAUACAAGAUGGACCCUGUGGUCUUGAGUUAUAUGGACAGUCUAUUGCGACAAUCAGAUGUCUCACUAUUGGACCCUCCAAACUGGCUCAACGACCACAUUAUUGGGUUUGCCUUUGAAUACUUUGCCAAUAGUCAGUUUCAUGAUUGCUCAGACCAUGUCUGCUUCAUCAGCCCUGAAGUCACCCAGUUCAUUAAGUGCACCAGCAGCCCUGCAGAGAUUGCCAUGUUCCUUGAACCCCUGGAUCUUCCCCACAAAAGAGUGGUGUUUUUAGCCAUCAAUAAUAAUUCUAACCAGGCAGCUGGAGGUACCCACUGGAGUUUGUUGGUUUAUCUCCAAGAUAAAAAUAGCUUCUUUCAUUAUGAUUCCCAUAGCAGGAGCAACUCAAUCCAUGCAAAGCAGGUAGCUGAGAAACUGAAGGCUUUCUUAGGGAGCAAAGGAGACAAACUGGUCUUUGUGGAAGAGAAAGCCCCAGCUCAACAGAACAGCUAUGACUGUGGGAUGUACGUGAUAUGUAACACCGAGGCCCUGUGUCAAAACCUCUUUAGACGACAGCCAGAAUCCCCACUGCAGCUCCUCACCCCGACAUACGUCACAAAGAAGAGGGGAGAAUGGAAGGAUCUAAUUGCCAGACUUGCUAAGAAAACGAAGUAGCUACUGAAGAAUGCUUGUGAUGUUUGAAGUCUGAUCUUUCAGCCCUUCUCUAUGAUGACAGCCUCAGUGCCUGAGGGAAAAACACUGGUAGAUGAAAGUUUACUAUUCCUGCUUCUUUAUUGUUCUGAAAGAAUGUCAUCCUCUAUGUUCUCUGAAUGGGAAGUUUCGCUGUAACCCUGAGGAGAGCAGUACAUUCUGUGAAAAUGUCUUGAACUUAUGUACCAAAACCUUGAAAAAAAAAAAAACCACCCAU